AUGGUCAAGGCUGUCAAAGGAGUCUUAGUAGAAUGCGAUAGUACAGUCAAACAAAUUGUUUUGAAUCUCAACAAACGCAGCAAUUUUGUAAUUGAAGAUCUAGACGAAACUCAUCUUUUCAUCGAAGCCUCUUCUGUUCCCCAACUACGUUACGAAUUGGACAAGGUCUUGGACGAAAACUCCUACACGAUUUCAAACGAAGAAAAGGAUACGCGCCAUAAGAGCUAA